AUGGAAUGGCAAAGUUUUCCUGUGCCAUGUGCUCACAUCGAUGCCGAGGAAAGCGGAUACCGAAUUUCCAUGGAUCAACUUUUUUAUAAUCUAGAUGGACUCCUCAAAAGAGACAUGAACGAUUGUUUGUCAAAACAACUCAACGGAUUCUUCAACAAACACGCAAGAAUAUACCAAUUUGGACCAAGUAAUCAAAGAGAUAGGGUUAAUCUCAGAGCUGGACAAGGUUUUCGAAAGAAGGACGAAUACAAAACACUUCAAGAAAGUUGUUUCAGCCCGUUUGCUCGUACAAGUCAAAGCGCAUCGGUUCACAAGCCGUCAAAUUUGCGUUUCAAAUCAACACGCUUGCGUAAUGGUAUAUCCUCCGCUCCGUCAAGAAACGGGUUUUCGCCAAAUAGACUGAUCAGACCGCCUAACAUUCCUUCAAAACCUCCCAAUAACACGUCAAAUGAAAGAAAGCGACGUCAAUUUAAAUUGGAAGGACUUGCCUCAUCUUCAGAAGCCGAAGCCCCAAGCGAUCUGUUGCCAAGCAACGGCUGGUGGAGAACGAAUAGAAAAGGCACGUGCGGCAGCGAUUCCGAAACAGAUUCGGAGGUCAACAGUGAAGUUGAAAACAGUGAACGUUUCGAUCUAGAAAAAAAAAACGAUGGGUCUAUCCAACGAUAUUCUUUGGAUACGCAAGAUAGUUCUAAAAGUCGUCAGUCGUCAAUUAGUUCACUAGGUUCGGAACUAAGUGACAACGAAUCAAAACCUCAAGCAAAGGAGAGUUCCACUCCCUGUCUACCCUCAAAAAUCCAAAAAGGGUCAAUUAGAGAAAUAAGUGGAGAAUUGAAAACUUCGUCUUUCUUUCAUUUAACGAGUGGGCCUGGCAACGAAAGUGAACCAAAAGAUGAAAGAUACCUGGAGUCCAGACCACCACAUCCUACUCCGGAUCUUGACGAAAAAAACUGUUCUGAAAGCAAAUCUCUGUCGCCCUUAAAUAUAUCUCCAAGCCUUUUUAUAACGGCAGAAAAGUUUGACGAUGACUUGAAAUUAGAUUCCAAAGAAUUAUUUAAUAAUAGGUUUUACAAUUCAACAAGUCGAGUUAAUUAUAGUAAUUUAGCGACAUUUAUGCAAAAUAGUGCGCGUCUUGAUCAAGAACCAAUAAGUAGAGAAGAGAAUUUUCAGAGGAGCGUCGAUAAAUACCGAAAAGUAUCAUGUGCUUUUCCUAGAGUUAGGGAAAGCAAGAAUGGCUCAAAGAACCACAGGGCUGUUCCGGUAAGUCUCCAAAAGCGAGCAGUCCAAAAUCGCCCAAACACCGCUAAGUUACCUGCAAGAUUAAGGCUCAAACACAGAGGAAGUCCCUUCACAAAGUUUACAAAAGCUACAGAAGAGACAGGACCAAACGAGCGGAUUUUACCUACGACUUUACAUAAGUCAGCGGAAACAUCGUAUUCCGUGAUGUCCCCAUAUAUGGCGAAUGUAGUGUGGUCUGUGAUGAGUGAUGAAAAAGUAGUUUGAUUCAAGAGAAUUUGUAGAAAUCGAUGGAAAUGUGACAACAAGCAAAAAAUACAAACAAAUAGGGAAACCGUCAAACAUGGCAACAUUAUACACUGAAAUCAAUACGUAAAUAAGUAAGCAGGUAAAUGAAUAAAUAGAUUCAAUAAAUUUUAAAAGAAAAUCAAGAUACUGGUGGCAGUCCUGUACUAUACUGGAUGUUAAAAUGUCUGGAAAAUACAUAUACCUUGAUUGCAGUCGUAUUCUGUAAUAACUUGCGACUAAACUGCCCUCAAUACAUCAUAUUACUUUCACGAGCGCAAAAACUAGCAUGAAAACUGGCUGCAGUCGAUAAUUAUCCAACGUAGGACUUUGUUUUCCGUUCCUAAAACGUCCGUUUGUGUGUGUGAUCUUCAAUAAAGAAUUAGCACUAGCUCUCAUUAAAUAGAUUUACUUACCUAGUAUCAUUCUGUGAAUUCUAUAACCUUUAAUAGAGUCUGUCUGUAAGCCAUGCACAUUAGCUAACAAUGUGGUUUAAAGUUGGUACAAUUCUUGUCAAUUACCUUUCUGCCUGAAAUCGUCAUCCUUCUUGCAAAGAAGCCGUCGAUUAGGGAAUAUCCGUCAGGCUCCCUCAGGCGGCCUAAGAGAAACCAAGCAAUGAACUGGGAACGAAUACCUCUUUGCAUACCUUAUAAUUCUCUGUGUCGCUUUAUGAAGCUUACACAACAAAGUAAAUCGGUUUGUGAGUUGGGAAGAACGCGGGAAUCUGCCCUAUCUGAUUUUCUCACCGAAGGUUAUUAUUAUUUUUACUAAAGAACGUUUGUAAAUUCUUUCUUGACUUACUUUCCUGUCAAGAAGUAUUUUUUCUUCUAGUUUCUGGCCCAAAUUGGACCUGAAUCAGAAAUAUUGCCACAAUUGCCCUGUUCUGACUAAUAUGUCACAUUGGUCUUCGACAUUUUGGGGGAGCACUGCGGGUUUACUCGGCGAGGACGAUGAAGCAGAGGCUGGCGAUGCCGAACAACAAGUACGUAUAUGUAAGGGUAAGGGGUUAAAGUGUAAUUGCUGUAAUUUGGAUGUUGCUAUGCAAGUGGCCAGAUCUCAUGAGACGGGCGUAUUUAAACCUGUAAAUUAGAAGAGGCGCGUGUUCGUAGGGGUGAGAGGGGUGAUGAGGGGUGAAGGGGGGAAAGGAGGUCAUAGAAAAUAUAUCAAUCUUGUCCUGAUAAAAAAAAAAAUACCCUAUCUUAACGACGUUCAUCUGUCUGACUUAAUUCUAGACACUUCUAACGUUUCCUUGUAAGACCUUAGAAACUGCUCCUUACCCCUUUUUUAUUCCAUUAAUCAGCUGGUGAAACCUAGAAAUUAUUUUGUUUUGAUAGACAUCCUGGGAUAACAAAGACAGCCUUAUAUUGGUAAUUGAUUGCUCAAAGGAAAUGCUUCUAUAUUCCAGAGAUGAGAUCCCUUUCCAGUUGUGCGUUAAGGUAACUACCUUGUAACAUCAUCAUACAAAAAUAUAAAUAAAGCUAUUUGUUACCCAGAGAGCUUCUGAAUUGAUUCAUUAAGAUCAUGAUAGGAUUUAUCUCAAAUGAUUUUUAAGCCUCUCACUAAUUUAUUUUGCUUUAUUUAGUGUGCCAUUAGCAUCCUUAAGCACAAGAUCAUUAGCAGUGACAAAGAUCUGAUAGGUGUAGUGUUCUAUGCAACUGUAAGUACAAGGAAAAAACUCAUUUUUUGUCUUUCAUUUAAUAAUCCACUUUUUCUCUGAAUUGGUUGGCCUCAAAAAAAUGAUUUUAUUCAUUUUAUUUUACCAGGAGAAAAGCAAAAAUUCAAGUGAUUUCAAGCAUGUUUACAUUUAUCAGGUGACUGUUCUGACCCUAAUUGUCAACAUGCAAACAUAUCUCUUUGGAUACUUAAUUGCUGUUAAAUGUACUUUUCAUUAAAAAUCGAUGAAAGUUGUCAACUUAGGUAUAGCUUUUUCUGUUAUUACUACAGAACAUGGUCUUAAAUCAUUAUUUUACCUCCUUUUUGUAGCAGCUGGAUCUCCCAGAUGCUCAGUGUAUUCUUGACCUUGAAAAAUUUCUAGAAGGUUAGCAAAUAAAGUUAACCCUUUUAUCCAUAAGAGUGACUAGCAUCUAUUUUUCCUCACAGUAUCACCUCUCAGUUGAACAUCCAGGUCAUGAGAAUAAAAGAAAUGAUUACCUACUAAAGUAGCUCUUGAUUGUUAAACAAAUUCCUCUUGUCAACACCAUGUGAAAUGUGUCAGUAAGAGUAUGGAGAAUAUGCAUACUGAUAUAAAAGUGUAGAGGGUUAAUGAAUCAUAUGUAGGAAUGAGUAAUGAUGUAAAGUUCCCUAAAAAGAACUUAUUGAGGAUUGGUAUAUGAUUUAAUUCUGUAGUAGAGCUAUGCAUUUGUUGAAAGAAAUUCCUGAGUUUUAGAAGAAUCUCUUCCCCAUUCAGCAUUUCUGUCACCUUGAACUUCUGAUUUAUCCAUCAUUUUUCAGAUGACAGUUGUGAUGACUUUGGAAACACAUUCGGACAUAACAGUGGAUUUUCUCUGAAUGAUGUUUUGUGGACUUGUUCCAAUAUGUUUUCAAAUAGGUAAAUAAAGGCAUAAUGCAAAUGUUGACAGAAAAAGGAUUCAAAUAGUAUUUUUAUUGCAAAUAUUGUCAGAUGAUACCCAAGCAGUUACACUAUCUGGCAAAGCAAGAAACUUUCUUUUCAGCUCAGUUGUUCCUUCAGACAAGUGCAGUGUUUAUUUUUACUUGUCCCAACCAAAAUCCUGCAUGUUGGAAAAAACCCGAUAGCAACUGGGUAAGAGGUGAAAUUUGCCUAAAAAUCAACGGCCACAUUUCAACUACCAAAAUCAGACACAUGUAACUUACCCAAACUGAUAUUUUGUUUGCCAUCUGUAAGCAAUACUUAUUUUUAUGGACAGCAGAGAUUUGUAAUAUAUUGAACAAUGAUUUAUUGUAUUUCAGAAGUCAGGUAAAAGAAAACAUUUACUGCCCAUUUCUGUGUGGUCCGUUUAGACAAAUGAAAUCAUGAUAAUUUUUCUUGUCCGAAUGAAAAUGUUUGUUGUCCCAGAUGUUUGGAUGGCCCAAGUUUCCUGCCUGGCUAUUAUUAAGUAAAAUAGCCAAUAAAUCAGAGGUCAAUAUUGAAUACUCUUACCCAGUUUAUGUAAUAUCUCCUAUUUAAUUUUGGUAACAAUCCAUUGCAUGUAUUUUUCUUUUCAGUUGUCAAAAAAUAGGCCACAAACGAAUCAUGUUAUUUACCAACAAUGAUAAUCCCCAUGCUGGGAAUCUUGCUCUCCAGGUAAGAUUUUUCUCUUUUUUCCUAUUUUCAUUUUUCCUGUUGUAUAUAAUCAUAUAUUCUUAUCAUCCAGGAGAAGGAAGUCCUGAAUAGAUAGUGCAUGGCUAAUUAUGGAUGAAGUUUUGACAACCACAAUAGAACUCAUUAUCACUUGACCCUCAUGAUGACUUACUAUCAGCUUGUCAAAAUGUUGGUCACUGCUACCAACAACAAUCUUUUUUAGGACUACCCUCAUUUGGAUGCUCAGAUGGCACAAUCAAUUGUAACUCCUGGGUUAAACUAUUUACUGAAACUCUUUUGUUUUGGUUACGCUAAUCUGUUUGAUUUUGUAGACAGAUACAGACACCUUACAUGUUGGUUUAGUAUAUAACAUGCCAAGAUAUUUUUAGAGUUGAGUUAUAUUUUUCUGACCCUGGUCAGGGAGAGGAAAUAUACGAGCAAUGAACAAAAUGCCUGCUUGCAUUGUAUCUAAACCAUAGAAUAAGGGAUUUAUUAUUCCACUAUUAUUUCACUAUUUUAAGUAUAUAUAGACUUCUAGUUAGGGAACUACAUGCACUGGUCCAACUGAGCUUAGUAUCCUUGAAACAUGAAAACAAUGUAACAUUAAUCAAAAUCAUGGGAGUGUUUUUGUGACUAACAAGAAAAACUGAUGCCCUUAAAAGUGUGUUGCUUUAAAGAUCAAGCCUAAAAAAUGGAAGAGAACCAAAGUUUGAACCAUUCAAUGCAGCCAUUUUUUUGCUCAGCCUUCCCUCCAUAUUUUCACUAUGUUCUACAGUGUAAUACUGUGGCAUAUUUUGCACAUCCAGAUGUCCUAAUUUGGUAAAAUGGCAAAUUAGUGAAAUAUUAUAACCCUCAUGACCCUUUAAACAGCUUCUGAGUUUGAAUGUCAAAUUCUCUGUUAUAGAUGAUGCAUUAAAAUAUUUUUGUGGGGAGAAGUUGUUUGUUACUAAGUUAUGGAAUUGAAAGGAUCAAUAGUGAUCGAUUUAAUAACAUUGAUCUCCUUUCCUCUAAUUCUUUUUCAGAGACAAGCCAAGACAAAAUCAAGAGUAAGAUUUUAUUUUUGAUACAAUCAUGUAUUUCUGCUCACUCUUUCAUUUAAACCUUUCACUCCCAAUAUCUCAAAUAUAGUAAUUUUUUUCACUCUGUUGUACAAUUUGUAUAAGGUAAGUUCAGAGGAUUGGUUUUGGAUCAAUUACAUAUAGCUGAAUUGAUAUUUUUCUUUAUUCUCAUCUUCUUGAUAUUGUAUCGAUAUUGUAAGGAGAAAUUUUGUCUGACAGUCACUCAUGAGAGUUAAAGGGUUAAAUGGUUGCAUUGUAGUUCAAAAGAUAAUGGUAACUGAUACUGAAAUAUAAAAUGUAAUGUAGAUCAAUUUAUUUUAGGAUUUGAAUGAAAUUGGUAUUGCAAUUGAACUGAUGCACAUUCAGCCUCCAGACCAUGCUUUUGAUUCAAGUCUUUUUUACCAGGUACAUUGUGGUAUUUGUACUAUUAGUGUUUAUUUUAAGAUGCUAUUCGCAUAACUUGGAUUCCCUUUCCUCUUCACCCAGUUAGUUGUCCUUAGUUUGAAUUAAAGAGAGCCCAGCUUCUUCUUUUAUUUUAAAGUUGCUGUCUUCUUAUUAUCAAAAUGGUGGGUUGUUGAUAAAUUCUUGAUAUGCCACUACAUCACUGUGGGAGAUGAGGUGGUCUAAUGACAGUAGACUGGACUCUGGGUUGAGGGAUUUGAGACCUGGCUGGGUCAAUGUGCCAUGUCUUUAUGCAAAACUCUUUACUUUCACAGUGCAUCUCUCCACCCAGGAGUAUAAAUGGGUACUGGCAAAUUGUCAGGGAAGCCUGAUGAAAUGCUGAGGGGGUCACCUUGAGAUUGAGGGAGGAGUAGUUAUACUUCUGGUCACUUCAGGCCAUGGAAACUGGGAUAAGCUUGUCACUUGGUUUGCAUACCAUUAACUGUGCUUUGAAUUCAAAGGUCUGAGGUUUGAUUACUCACAGAGGACUCAGAAUUUUUCCUUUUUCCCACACUUGUGACAAGACAAAAACAUCUUUCUCCAUUGCUGAGUUAUUCUGACUGCCUAGGAUUGUUACACACAGCCAAAGUUUCAAUUUUUUUCCUUUGUAUCGUUACUUUGAAUGAUUUGGCAACUGCUCAGGAUGUAAUACAAAUGGAUGAUGAUGAGGGAGGGAUUUUGCCAGAUCCUGCUGAGAAGUUUGAGGAACUACUAACCAGGUGAAUUGUAAAGAAAAUUUCUGUUGAAUUUGGUUUUCCUGACAAGUGUUUGGCUUUGAUAUUAACCCAUUGACUCCUAAAAGUGGCUAGCAUCUAAUUUCUCCUCAUAAUAUCACCCCUGAAUCAGGCAUUAAGGUCAUGAGAGUAAAGGAAAUGGUUAUCAACUGAAGUAGCUCUUGAUUGUUGUCUGGAGAAAAUGAUUUGAAUUCUUUUAUUUUAUUUUAUUUUUUUUUAUUUUUUUUUUCAUUCCUUGUAACAGAGUGCAAAAGAAAGAGCAUAAGAAAAGACCAUUAGCAACUCUUCCAUUUAUGCUGGCUGAUGGAAUUGAGCUUGGAGUGUCUGUGUAAGUUCCUGGUUAUGCUGUGGUUGAAGCUUACAUCCUACUUGCCCUUGUUAUCGAACCUCUUUUACAGAGACCAUAAAUAUGAUGAAGUUUAAAUUGAAUGUCAAGGAAGGAUACAUGUCUUGUUCAUCUGGAAUAAAAGGAAAAAUGAGUCGAACUCAUUGUUCAGGUCCUGUAUACCAACCAACUGGUACCUUAGAAACUCUUAUUAACUGAGGUUGAGGUCAUUACUGUAAGUUGUGGACCACUUUUUUUUUUUCACCUUGGACUUACGGCACCUGCAUUCCAUAAACCUUAGCAAAAAUUAUUAAGGUUUUGUAACUUACAGUACGGACCGAGAAAACAAGGUUGGUAAGGUAGUUAUCAUAUCUCAGGGUUCAAAUGGAGGGAGACGAUUUCACUUUGGACAAACUUUUGAAUUGGGCGGGCCUUACAGAACUGUGAAAUACCACCAACUAAAUUAACCAAUCACAGCACACAAUAUACUUACUGAGAGAUAUAAUUAGUAAGUUUAUUUCAAUUCAUAUAAUUUGUGUUAUUUUUACAGAUACAAUCUUUGCAGACCAGCAACAAAAUCCAGUUAUGUUAACCUAGACAGUCAUACGAAUGAAGAAGUGAAAAUACACACCAAAUAUAUAUGUGUGGUGGGCUUUUUUAUGCACUUUGCUUUGAAAUUCAUGUAAAAAUACUUAUUUCUUGCAGUUAACAUGAAAUAUGAUAUUUGUUUAUGAACCUCAUCAUGGAUUAUAUGUUAAAUCAGUUGUCAACGCUUAUCUUCAAUUGAAAUUUAUUUACAAAUCUUCAGUUUGAAUUAAUCUUACCUUUCUUUAGGAUACUGGCAGAGAUCUAAUGCCAACAGAUAUAAAGCUUUAUCAGAUGUUUGGAGGUGAAAAAGUAUGUGAAUUUUGUUUAUUGUUUUUUCGGUUUGUUUGUUUUUUUCUUGGCGGGGGGGGGUUAACAAUGGUUAAAAAAAAGGGAAUUUUGUUUAUUACCUUAAGAAAUUAUUAUCAACUAGACAUUGCAAUACACUGCAUUGUUUUAUCAUUGUUAUAUUUGUGCAAUGAGUUUUAGUCCAAUUGCUGAAUUUCAGGUUAUCUUUGAGAAAGAGGAGGUGGCAGAAAUGAAAAGCUUUGGCAGCCCAGGUAAUUUCAGUUACAAAUUUCCAACCUGCAUAUACAAGAAACUUGUUUCCACUAACCAGAUUGCUUUAAAUACCUCUUUCUAAGUAAAAUUAAGUUUGAGGUCCCUACUGUAAGUUAUGGAUCAAGUUUUUUCAUCUCUGAUUUAUGGCCUGCAUGUUUUGUGAUUGGGCCAUAAAUCAAAGCAGAAAAAAGGAGGCUCUAUCACUUACUGUGUGGAAUUAGAAAAGGAGGUUAACCCUUUAAACCCUAAGAGUGACAAGCAUCCAAUUUCUCCUUACAAUAUCACUCCUGAAUCACACAUUAAGGUCAUGAGAAUGAAGGAAAUGGUCACUUGGAAGGAACCUUUUGAUUGGCAAACAAAUUCUCCUUGUCAGCACCUAGGAAAUGUAUAAAGAACAGUGUGACGAAUAAUAUGUUCACUCAUGUUAGGGUGUAAAGGGUUAAUGAGAUAAUAAUUAUAUUUGUGGGCUCAAACAGAGAGGGAAGAUUCCAAUUCAAAUAAACUUUUGAAUUUAGUGGGCCGUACAGUGAAAUAUGGCCUGCUAAAUUGACCAAUAAUAGUGCAUGUACUAACUGAGAGUUAUAAUAGUGGCUUGUUAUUUCUGAUUCUUGCAUCCUUUCUUUCUCCUUCACAAACUUUUGCAGGUCUUCUCUUAAUGGGGUUCAAACCAAGGUCAUCACUGAAGAACUAUUUUCACCUCAGACCAGCGCAGUUUCUUUAUCCCAAUGAAAAGGUAGUGAAAUAACAUUUUUGUAAAUUUGGCUGCAGAGAUGUAGUAAUGAUAAACAAUUAUUUCUCUUGAAAUAUUAAAGUACAGAAUGUUGACAAGAAUGUUUUUUUUUUCAACUCUAUUUUCAGAAUAUUUCUGGGAGUACAACAUUGUUCUCUGCACUUCUUAACCGAAGUCUUGCUAGAGAUGUGAUUCCAAUAUGCCGGUUGAUUCCAAGGGCCAAUGCUGCUCCAAGAUUUGUAGCUCUACUCCCACAGGUGAGAAUUGCUCUGGCGAUUAAUUAACUAUAAUACAUGUACCUCACAAAGAAGAAAAUUAUCUUUGGGUGGGACAUUAAUUUCUUUUUUGAACACCAUCAUCAAUUGUUCACAAUUUGAAAUGAUAUAAAUUUCAUUUGACCUGAAAAAAUUCACCCUUUUAACUUGCUUUUUGUCUGCAGGUCAAGUGACAUUUAUCUCAUUUGGAAUUAUGAUCAGAUUCCUCUGAGGGAAAGAGGAACCCUUUAAAAAAUUUUAACUUUCUCCCAACAUGAGGCUUUGUAGCUCAGAUUGUAGUAGUACCAAAUUAAUAUCUGGGAGGUAUAGUUCCAAUCCUGUUGAAGCCUUAAGUUUUCCGAGCUUCUUAACUGCAUUGUUUAAAUUGCAGCACAGCUGAGAGGAUCAUUGCAUUUCUUGAUUUUUUUUAUUGUCAUGUGUUUAUGUUACAGGAAGAAGAACUGGAUGAGCAUAAGAACCAAAUUACCCCUUCUGGAUUUCAUCUAAUUUUUCUUCCAUUCACUGAUGAUCUUAGGAAAUUGAAAUAUGAGGAAACUCCUAAAGGUAUCAGGGUUUGUCAGAAUUGAAACAAAGUCAAAAAAACCUACUAAGAAGAUAUUGUUUUUGUGGUAAAGGUUACAAGGUUACAACCUACAGGCAUCAGGGUAAUUUUUACUUGAGAUUUGAACCACACAGUAUUGUUCUAUGAGCCUCAAGGUUUCUUUUCCAUGUCACCUUUUCACCUCUUAUAUUUACAUUUGUUUCAAUAUUGUGUAUCAAUAUAAUAAAUAAAAUGGUAAAAGUGAAGAACAGUUCCCAAAUAUUUCUUGGUAAUUAGUACUGUGAUGAAAAAGUAUUGUUUUAUUAGAGAUAGAGCACAUUUUUCUAAUCCAUGAUUAUUAGUGGUGAUAACUAUUAUUACAGUAUAAUAAUCAUGUAGCCUAAAUUUAGCACUUUUGUUAUUUCUUUAAUUUCAGCCACUACAGAACAAGUGAAUAAAGCAAAGGAAGUGAUCAAGAAACUCACAUUGGGAUUUGAUUGCUCAGAUUUUGAGAAUCCUAGUAAGCUUUUAAAUGGUCUUCAUGCAAUUAUAAAGUAAAUAAUAGGAAUUUUGACCUUUAACAUUUUGUCACCGGUAUUUGUUCUUUUUUUGUAUGAGGCAAUGUAACGGAACUUUUGACCAAUCAAAUCUUUACAACAUCGCAUAAUAAUGUUAUCGACAAUGGAUGGCCUCUUGCUUAGUGGGCACAGUUAGAGGUUCCUCUAAAUUGUAUGAUCUGUUUUUUUUGUUGCUGUUGUUGUUGUUGUUGUUGUUGUUGUUGUGUUUUUUAAUAUAAAUUAAUAUUAUUUAACUCAUUAACUCCCAAAUGUGUAUUCUCUGCUCUACCUGCUACACAUGUCCUUGUAAAUAAGGUACAAGAAUUUGGUGUUAAUCAAAAUCAUAGCAACUUUUACCUGAUAAGUUUGCAUAUUCUCAUUACUUUUUUGCUGGAUAAUGUAUGGAUGCCAUAGGGAGAAGUUACAUGUUAACCACCUCUGUGAGUUAAAGGGUUCACUUAUUUACAGCUCUACAGAAACAUUACAAGAACCUGGAGGCAUUAGCUUUGGAUAGAGAUGAGCCUGAAGAGGUUAUUGACUUAACAGGUGAAUUAUUACUCUCAUAUUAAUUUAUUCUCACAGUAGAAGACAAGUAAGUCAUCAAGUAAAUCAUUUAUUGUUUUUAUUUGGAUUGUUUAAAAUUUUUAGUGUAAGAGUCAAACAUUUUCUAAACCCAUUACACUAAGAUAACUUAUGUUUUUGAUAACAUACCAAUUAUAAAUGUGAAACUACAAGGGAUGCAAUGGAAUAAGGAUUUCAUUGCAAAAAAUUGGGACCAAUUGCCCUGGACAAAGUUACUGUUUUUAAGUGCACUAGGAAGGUGGUGUGGAAAGUGCAGCCCUCAAAUUGAGAGAGUAAGAAACACUUCUAAGCUUUCAAUACUUCAUUAACAGUUGAAUUAAAUGUUUCUCUGUAGAACCAAAGGUAGAAUCCAUUGAUUGCCAAGCCGGGGAAGCCAUAAAAGAGUUUAAAGAUGUAGUUUUUCCUGAUGAUUAUAAUCCAGAUGCCAAACCUGUGCCAAAGAGAAAGGUAUGAAAUGAUUUGAAAAAUGUUCUACCCUCACAGAUUCUCACUCACUCCAGCUGUAGAAAGGUGGUAAAAAGAAACACACCUGAAAACAAACCAGGUUAAGUAACGAACUAAGAAGCAAUUUUAUAGAGAAACUGUGGUGUUGUGUCAGUGAGGGGUAAAAAGAUAAUUUGGUUUAUCAACUGAGUUGAUAAGGUAAAUUGGCCAUUAUAAAGAGUUUUCAAAGCUGAUAUUUCAAGCAGUAGUCCUUUGUCAGAGCCCUUUGUUAGCCCUUCACUUUGAGAAAGAGCUAACACUAAAAAUGUCAGUAUUAGCAACUCUUUACUGUGCUAAUUUACGUCAUCAACUCAGUUGAUAGUACUAAAUUAUUGGGUUAAUCAACCCUUUCACUCCCACAAGUGACCAAGACAGAAUUUCUCCUUACAAUAUCAAUACAAUAUCAAACAGACAAGUGAUGAGAAGAAAGAAAAAUGUAAGUUAGGAGAUUAUAAGUUGAUCUAAUACCAAAUUUGCCAAACUAACAUCACUAGAACAGUAUGGCAAACAGUUAGGAGAAUUACUAAUGAGAUCAUCGGAGUUUAAGGGUUAAUGAUCAACACAGUUUUUUAGUGGACCACUACAUUACCCUAACUAUUGGAUGCUUGGAUUUAAUUGUUUAGGCUGUGGAUUCAUCAGGAGGUGCUGCCAAAAGAACUAAAGCAGGAGAUGGGGUUGAAGUUAACAUGCGAGAAGAGGCACAGCAAGGCAGAGUGAGUGCCAGUAGUUGUAAUAAUGAUAAUGAUAAUAAUGAUUGAUUUCUGUAAUGCCAUAUGGAUAAACCCAUGGAUAAACCCAUGGUUACAACACUUUCUUGGAGACUUUGUUUAGACUCCAUUGAGCAGUUCACAGUUUUCUAAGGAAAUUUUUGAAGGUGCCCCCAAUUUCAAAAUCAAGGCCAGACUUCAACACCAACAGCUUUGUUCCCUACUCUUUGUGAGAAGUGUGUGGGUUCUUUAAUGUCCUCUGCUAACCAGCACUGAGAACAUGUAGCAGACAAGGCCUACAAUUUAUCUUCCUUACCUGUGAAAACUAGAACAUCAAAAUAUUUGUAGAUGUCAUAGGAAAGGCAGCAUAUUCUCUUCAGUUAAUAUAAGACCCUUAGUGUUUGUCCAGUCUGUAGCUUUAACCCUUGACCUUCGCAUGGCAGUCUGACAGUUAAUUCUUUAGAUUGUUUUGUGCUUUGUUCUUGUGUUAGCAAAACUGAGGAUUUAAAGACUGCAGAAACUUCAAAGUAUUACAAAUCCUAAAAAUUUAAUGUAACUCAAACUUGUGUUUCAUGUUUUCAGCUUUCCAAGCUCACUGUCCCAGUGCUUAAAGACUUUGUUAAAGCAGCUGGCAUCAAAUGUGGCUCAAAAAAGGCUGAUCUAAUAGAAGCUAUCAAAGAACAUUUUGGAGUUUGAUGAACAGGUUAAUCUCCUUUUUUAGCAUCAGAGUAAUUACUUCACCCAGUACUUUAAUUUGUAUUUAACGGUGAAUUCCUGAGAAGAAACCAGAAAUCUUUAAUUUCUGAUCUUCAAUUUUAGCUAAACAAGAAACUUUUACAACUUGUAACACAGUUGUAGUAAAAUGUUAGAUUUAUUCCCAGAUGAUAAAUACUGAAUUGAAAAAAAGUAAGCUAUAAAUACAGAUUUUGCCAAUCUUUUUUUUCACUGAUGUUAUAUGUUUGUAUGUUCAGCUAUGACGAACCUAAAAGUGAUUUUGACAAAUACUAAGCUUGGAGGCCAACAAUGUAAAUAACUUAAUUCUUUGUAAUAUUGAGAUGGAUUGCAGAAUUGAGGA